ACCGGAAGCACGUUGAAAGUGAAAAUGGCAAGCGAAGAUCUGACAGCUACUUUUGUUAGCAUAGGUUUGAGUGAACAGAAGGCAAAGGAGACUGUUAAAAAUGAACAGCUUUCUUCCAGUCUUAAACAAGCCAUCGAACAGGCAAGAAAAUGUGGAGUUCAGAGUAUAGAUAAAGAAAUGGGAAAGUUGUUGUAUAAUAUAGCUACAAAGUUAAAGACACAGAUUAAAAUUCACCAGGCUAUGAUUGUGGAGUAUAUUACAAAAAAGAAAAUAACGACAGAGAUACAACUUAAUGCUGCUAUGGAUUAUCUUCUCCACCAUCCACUUCCUCCUGUGGAUAAAAUUAAGUUUGAGGCAGAAUGUGGAGUAGGUGUCACCAUAUCUCCAGACCAAGUAGAAGCUGCUGUAGAAGAAGUAGUACAGAAAUACAAAGAUGACUUGAUAGAAAAGAGAUACAGGUUUAACACAGGCUUAAUCAUGAGUGAGGCAAGAAACAAGCUAAAGUUUGCUGAUGGUAAAAUUAUCAAGAAUGAAGUAGAUAUGCAGAUUCUUGACCUUCUUGGUCCAAAGACUGAAGCUGACCUAGCUAAACCAGUAAAACAAAAGCAGACUGGCAUGAAAGGAUCUGAAUCAAGUAAAUCAUUGAAAUCAACAGAAUCUAGUAAAUCAUUGAAAGAUGAAGGAUCAAAGCCAACAGAGAGUUUUGUAGGAGAGGAUGGGGAAGUCAAAAGUUUCAUGGAUAUAAUGGGAGCAGCACUUAAGUUUCAUAAAACAGGGGAAAAUUAUAAAACAGAAGGUUAUGUGAUAACACCUAAGACCAUGGAAUUAUUGAAGGAACAUAUGAGUGUUACUGGAGGCAAGGUACAUUCCAGAUUUCCACCAGAACCAAAUGGUAUUCUACAUAUUGGCCAUGCAAAAGCUAUCAACUUUAACUUUGGUUAUGCUAGAGCUCAUGAUGGGAACUGUUACUUAAGAUAUGAUGAUACCAACCCAGAGAAAGAGGAGGAGAAAUUUUUUAAAGCUAUUCUUGAGAUGGUUCAGUGGUUAGGAUACAAACCAUUUAAAGUUACCCAUGCCUCAGAUAAUUUUGACAGAUUAUAUGAGCUGGCUGUAGAAUUGAUCAAGAGAGGACAUGCAUAUAUUUGUCAUAUGAAAUCUGAAGAUAUAAAAGGUUUCAAUCCUCCAGAUUCUCCAUGGAGAGACAGACCUAUUGAAGAAUCUCUACAGUUAUUUGAAGAUAUGAAGAAUGGAAAGAUAACUGAAGGUGAUGCUACAUUGCGAAUGAAAACAACAUUGGAGGAAGGAAAGAAAGAUCCAGUGGCAUAUAGGAUAAAAUUUACCCCUCAUCACAGAACUGGGGAUAAAUGGUGUAUAUACCCAACCUAUGAUUAUACUCAUUGUUUAUGUGAUUCUAUAGAAAACAUCACCCAUUCUUUGUGUACUAAAGAGUUUCAAUCAAGACGGUCAUCCUACUAUUGGUUAUGUAAUGUACUGGACCUGUAUUGUCCUGUCCAGUGGGAAUAUGGACGACUGAAUCUCAACUAUGCUGUUGUCUCCAAACGAAAAAUAGGCAAAUUAAUAACUGAAGGAUAUGUAAGAGAUUGGGAUGACCCAAGAUUGUUUACAUUAACAGCUUUACGUAGACGUGGUUUCCCACCAGAGGCUAUCAACUUAUUCUGUGCAAAAGUAGGAGUCACAAUGGCUCAGACAGUUUUAGAUCCUUCCAUGCUGGAGGCUUGUGUUAGGGAUGUACUUAAUGUUACUGCUCCAAGAGCAAUGGCUGUUUUAGAACCUUUGAAAGUUACAAUCAGUAAUUUCCCAGGUGAUCAUUCAGGGAGUCUGGUCAUUCCCAAUUUCCCUGCAGAUGAAACUAAAGGAUCUCAUACUAUUCCUUUUACCUCAACUAUUUUUAUAGAAAGGAGUGACUUCAAAGAGAAAGCAGAUAAGAAUUAUAAAAGGUGGUCUGCAGAUCAACCUGUAGGACUUAGACAUGCUGGUUAUGUCCUGAGUAUAGACAAAAUAAACAAGGAUAGUGACGGUAACAUCACUGACUUACAAGCUACCUGUACUAAAACAACAGAAACACAAAAACCUAAAGGAUUUAUACACUGGGUUGCUAAUCCCAUUGUUUGUGAAGUCCGUCAAUACGAGCGUCUGUUUUUCCAUAAAAGUCCAGAGGAUCCAACUGAAGUUCCUGGAGGUUUUUUAACAGAUAUUAAUCCGAAUUCAAUGUCAGUGAUAACUAAUGCUUAUGUUGAUGUAUCAGUGAAAGAUGCCAAACAUUUUGACAAGUUCCAAUUUGAAAGGGUUGGUUUCUUUAGUGUGGACACAGACACACAUCAUUCUAGGAUGAUUUUUAAUAGGACAGUUACUCUGAAAGAGGAUCCUGGGAAGAAAUAGACAGUGCAAUUAGAAACAUUUUACAAUGUCAUCCAUAUCUAUUUAUUAAAAAGUGCUAUUAUUUAA